CAUCCAGUUUUUGCUCCUCCAGCCCCUCGCACGCUCGUCUCUGUCUCCUCCCCCUCUCCGCUCUUACAGGGCUCCCACGGCUGACCCACUCUGCGCACUUUGCCCCUGUUGGCUGCGAGUAAAAGGGGUGUGAGGAAAUACGGGGCACGGUCAGCCCCCUGCCAGCUCUAGCCUUUAAAUCCCCAGCCUUGGGAGAUCUACGCACAGUGGAUCCAGUCCGAACACCUAUCCAGCGCUCACGGAGCUAGAAGGAUUCGGAGCGCAACGCCGCCUAUCGCCACGCAAAGGCGGGCUCGGCCGCCUAAGUCUGCUGUCCCGAAAUCCGCUCCUCAGCCUCAGCCCUGGGAAGGUGAGCCCAGCAUCAGAGAGUCCAGAUGCCAGCCCACUUGCUGCAGGACGAGAUGGCUAGCUCCUACACCACCACCACCACCAUCACAGAACCCCCCUCCAGGAAGCUGCAGAAUGGGGACGGCAAGUUGGAGAAGAACCUCCUAUACGCGGAAGAAGACAUCCGUCCCGAAAUGAAAGAUGACAUCCACGACCCAAGCUACAAGGAUCCCGAGGGGCCGAAGCCCAAGCUUGUGUAUGUUUGGAGGAACAUCAUCCUUAUGUCUCUGCUACACUUGGGAGCCCUGUAUGGGAUCGCACUGAUCCCCACGUGCAAGGUCUACACCUGGCUCUGGGGGGUUUUCUACUAUAUGAUUAGUGCCCUGGGCAUAACAGCAGGAGCCCAUCGCCUGUGGAGUCACCGGAGUUACAAGGCUCGGCUGCCCCUGCGGCUCUUCCUGAUCAUCGCCAACACGAUGGCGUUCCAGAAUGAUGCUUAUGAAUGGGCCCGAGAUCACCGCGCUCACCACAAGUUCUCAGAAACAGAUGCUGAUCCCCACAAUGCCCGACGUGGCUUUUUCUUCUCUCACGUGGGUUGGCUGCUUGUGCGCAAACACCCAGCUGUCAAAGAGAAGGGUGGUUCGCUAGACUUGUCUGACCUAAAAGCCGAGAAGUUGCUGAUGUUCCAGAGAAGGUAUUACAAGCCCGCUGUCCUGGUGAUGUGCUUCAUCAUGCCCACGCUAGUGCCCUGGUAUUUCUGGGGUGAAACUUUCCAACACAGCUUGUGCGUUGCCACUCUCUUGCGUUACGCCAUUGUGCUCAAUGCCACCUGGCUGGUGAACAGUGCUGCCCACCUGUAUGGAUACCGCCCUUAUGACAAGAACAUUAACCCCCGCGAGAAUCUUCUGGUUUCACUGGGAGCUGUGGGUGAGGGCUUCCACAACUACCACCACUCCUUUCCCUAUGACUACUCCGCCAGUGAGUACCGCUGGCACAUCAACUUCACCACAUUCUUCAUCGAUUGCAUGGCUGCCCUUGGUCUGGCUUACGACCGGAAGAAAGUCUCCAAGGAGGCCGUCUUGGCCAGGGUUAAAAGAACUGGAGAUGGAAGCCACAAGAGUGGCUGAGUUUUGGGUCCCUUGGGUUCCUUUUCCAAAAGCCAGCCAGAGGCAGAGAUUUAAUGUUCUGUUUAUUAACUACUGAAUAAUGCUACCAGGAUGCUAAAGAUGAUGAAGUUAACCCAUUCCAAUACAGUAUUCUUUUAAAAUUUGAAAGUAUUGAAAGCCAACAACUCUGCCUUCAUGAUGCUGAGCUGAUGUUCUUCUUUCUUCUCUUCCCUGUCUUCUAGACCCAUUGUUCUCUGCUUUGCUCCUGUCACCUGCCUUUCUCUUCCCUCUCAUUGCCUCCCAGACAAGUAGCUGGUGAAGCACUAGUGAGUGUCCGGCUGCUGAAGACUAGGCAACCUUUCUAUCACCCCAAACCAGUAGUUUUGUCCCAGCUAACUCUUUCCAUAAGCUGUCCUGAGCUUCAAGGAAAGUGGCUCAAGCUAGAAGUUUGACAAAGUCUUCUGGGAAGAGCCCUGUUCAUUAUCUUCAUUCCAGACUUUUGCCAGAGGGAGUGGAAAAAACAGCUUUAUUUGGCACAAAGUUUCUAAAGCAGGUGAAUUGUCAGGGGAGAGAGUUAGCGUGCAUGGUAUGAUUGAUAAGUAAGGGUGGGGUGAGGUAGGAAAUAGAGCAAGAAGUUCCUGAUGGGAUCAAACACACAGCGGCCUGCCCAAAGAGGACAUUGAACCCCAACACACAACAUGCUUCCUUUCUCCCCUGACUCCGAGUAGGGAACGGCCAUGGAGCUGGCAAUGCAAGAACACAAGCACAUCUCAGUGUAUCGAUAGAGUAAAGGCUGGGGAUAAAGAAGAAGCAUUUAGUUUGUAGUAAAAGCUGUCUUUGAUGGAGAAAGAUUUUUUUUUCUUUAAUAACAGGAAGAUUUCUUAUUUUAUAUAUCAGGACGUCUUGAGGUUGGUUGUUUCCAGAAUUGGUGAAUCCAGCAGCUCGUGGAAUCAUCAAAAUUCUUUCAACUUUCUGCUCUGCCAUCUGACUGUUGGGAUAUUGGUCAGCCCCUCAUGGUAAUAAGGUAGCUAUAACAUUUCCAGACACCCCAAGAUGGAUAGGUUUUUAGGAGAUAGGUCAAACAUAAAAAAGUAUGUAUACAGAUAUGCUUUGCUUAAAAUAUUAAAUAAUUCCUUAGAGUAUUUCCCUCUGAAAGAGGGGUGCUUGAAGAAGAGGAGGAAUGAGCAUCCCCCAUUGCCCCCCAUUGUGGGACAGGAGACGGAGAGGUUGAGAAAUGGUGUGUUGGCAGCUUCCGAGAGAGAACAUCACAGGAGAAGGGCUUUGAGAACACAUCUGGGGGUUUGGAUUCCUGUCAGAAGGCUACUAAGUUAUUGGGUGUCCUACUGUGAAAGCUGGUUAUGCAAACAAGUUAGUUAUCAGGUUCAUUCAUUGACUCAGAUUUCUGCUUGGCAUUGGUAAAAACUAGAAGGUUUCUCACCACAGUUUCAGACCAUUGCAUUCAUUUCUUUUUUGUUAACAACUAGCUCAGCGAUUUUCAACCUUUUCAUCUCGUGGCGCACUCGAACUAAUUUCUAAAAUUCUGUGGCACAUCAAAAAAAUACAUUUUUUGCUGAUCUCACAAGGAAAGAUAGGCAUAAUUUGAUUCAUUUACACCAGACAGCUAUUGUCGUGUUGGCUGUUGUCAUUUUUUUUAUUUGACAAUCUAAGGGAAACGAGGUCGGUGACCCUGACUAAAUAGGCAGGUAUUGCAUGUUUUAAAAAUUCUUAUGGCACACCAGUUGAAAAUCACUGAUCUAGCCUAGAGUAUAGGACUGCCUAGGGGCAAGUAGAUAGAAGUCCUUUAAUUACCCUGGUUGUGAGUUCCUGGCUCUACCCUGUCUGUCCAUUUUCUCCUACCGGUUCUAUCUAUCCCCUGAUGUUUUCUUUUUCCCAUGGACAGGCAGCCUCCUUUGUGUAUUCAGAGGCAGUGAUGGUUAUUGCUGUCCAGGCAGACAGAAUACUCAGGGUCACUGAACCACUGUUUCUCUUUAUAAAGUUGAGCUAGCUGCCACUUACGCUUGGCCUCUAGAGUCUCUCCACCUACGCUUCUGUGAUCCCCUGCCACACUGAUGACUCAAGACAAGGCUGGCAAACCCUACUAGAAAUAUCCCCAGCUCAGGCACUCUCUCUGAUGAGGCACAGCCAAGCCAAACACUUGCAUCAUGCCAGUGAGCCAGCCACGGAGCAAAAGAGAGUUUGUCUUCACUCUCCUCUGUCUGGGUCAGAACCAGGGAGCAUGCUGGUUGCCCCUUGCUUACUCACUUACCCUGCCCAGCUUUAGUUUGUGCUCCCAGCUGACUGCAAUGCUGAUAAAAGUAGGAGGGACCCUAGUCUUCACUGGGAAGCACAAGAAACAAAAGCAAGUCCCAAAGUGCCUCACUCGGAAGGAGGCCCUGUGCGGUCCCUGGAGCCAGGGUACACUGCAAAGCUUUAGCUGAAACCUGGGGUCUGAGGUGCCAUGAACUUUGCUGAACAGCAUCUCUGUUCAGCAAACUAACCAGCAUUCUCCACAAUAGAGGUGAGGGUAGAUGAUAGUGUAGAAGAGGUCUGAAAAAAAAAAAUCGGUGUUUUGAGAACCUUGGACCGCUCCUCCCUGUACCUCAGUCAUCAGUGCAGAAGCCUGGCUCUUCUCUGCCAAGAUUGGAAAUGUACAAGAGCAAAUGCUGUGUCUGCUGGUGAAUCCCAGUGGCGGAAGGGAGGGGGGCGUUUCUUGUAAUAACUGGAUAGAUGCUACAGGAGUCAGCAUGAGCUAAAGGCGUCUUUAUCUUUUGAGCCAUUCCUCUCAGUAGAAAGGAAUCUAAUGGAAGAUCACUGUAGUUUCAGUCUGCUGACCUGUGUGCUUACCUACCCCUUGGAAAUGUCUUGUUGGAUAGUUUUAAUUCCACGGGUCAUCAGAUGCCUGCUUUAUAAUUUAUGGUCAAAGACAACUUUAUCUUUCUAUUCUAAUGGCAUUCCAUAGAUCUGAUCCACACCAUGACCUUACACAAGGCUGGGCAGGGCCCUCGGGCUGAGGGCCUGAGUGUGUGUGUGUGUGGAUGCAUGGGUUUCAAGAUUCUAAAGCUGAAUUCAAAUGAUGCAUUAAUAAUCCAGAAAUCAGACCUGAUUGAGUCUGAAUUUCUAACAGUCCUUGCUUUGUGGGCGUACUGACAACUUAUUUGGGUGCCUUACAUCUUUUCUAAUCAGUGUUGCAUAUGAGCGUGCUCUCACUCCCUCCUUGCUCCUCCGUGGAGCUCCUUUGCACCUGAGAGCCCCCAGAAGUGGCUGGUAGGAAAGGGGGCCUGGCUGGAGAAUUAGCAGUAGAGCUGUUUGCAAGAUUCCCUUCUGGGCUUCAUUUUGGAAACUUUUCUUGGGGUUGUGUUUAUUAAGUGCCCACAUUUUUGAUGGUGAAUGGAAGUAAUUUGAAUGUAUUUGAUUUAUAAUUUUUCUUUUUAGGUUAAAAGAUGGUUGUAGCAUUUAAAAUGGAAACUUUCUCUUGUUGGUUUGCUAGUGUCCUGAGCGUAUUCUCUGUAAGUGUAGCUUAAAUGGGUCAGCAUGAAAGGUUAAAAAAAGCAAGAUGUCAACGUUACCUGGGUGGUUAAGGCCAAGGCCUCUCCUACCACUGUGCCACUGACUUGCUAUGUGACCCUGGGCAAGUCACUUAACUAUAAUGUGCCUCAGUUUUCCUUCUGUUAAAAUGGGGAUAAUAAUACUGACCUACCUCAAAGGGCAGUUUUGAGGUGUGACUAAUGCUUUUUAUAAAGCAUUUUGGGACCCUUCGGCAGAGGAAUUCUCUUAAGUCCUAAGUAUUUUUAUAGCAGUAUCCACCGUGAAUUUGUGUCCACCCAGAACCGUACAUCCCAGAGGCUAUCAACCUAUCUGGUUCUCUGAGAGAUUGAAUAAAUCCAUUGGAUAAGUGGUGGAAAACCAGCCAGACAAAAUUUGAGGAUGCAUUAAACUCAUUGCCAUGGAAACAUAGACAAGAUAUCUUUUCUUUGAUUGGGUGGGAUUUUUCCUUUUUUAUGUGGGAUAGUAGGUAUUUGUGACCUAAGAAUAACUUUGGAAUAAUUUCUAUUAAUGACUCUGAAGCUAGUUAUACUUAUCUGAGAUGUGUUUGUUCAUAAUAAAAGUGAAGUGAAUCUGA